AUGGAAACGGUCUAUGCGGACGAUGUUAAGUUGUAUGGUAUCUAUGAUGACAGAAACCGUGAUGAUGUUUGUGCAGCUCUUAAGCAAUCUGUUGAGAAGCUCAACCAUUGGGCGGCGAGUCUUGAUUUGGCAGUGAACUUAAAUAAGUGUUGUGUGCUCCAUAUUGGUGGUGGAGCCGCCAUGUCAUAUGAAAUGAAUGGGGUCCCCUGA